AUGUCCGACUCACACUUUGCCCCGUACUUCCCCUCCGCGCAGCUCUACCAGUCUGCAAAGGCCGACGACAGUGCCUUUGGCCUCGACGAGCUUGACUACGCCAAGCAGCCUUUCGACUUCUUCCAGUUCGGUCACGGGUCCUCUGGCAUCCUUGCCCCCCACCCUGACCAGUUCGAGUCCGAGCUAGACUCCUCUCUCGCUGCCUUCGACGCCGAGCUCAAUCACAUUCCUCUCGAGACCGGCACCGCCGACAUCUUCUCCUUCCUGAGGUCGGAUACCCCCACCGGGCCCCCCUCCACCUUCACCGUCUCCUCUGAGUCGGUGUCGGGGUAUGACUCUGGUUACACCGAGUCUCUCUCUGGUCGUUCCGAGAGCUUCUACAACUUCCCGGCCAAUUCGCCGACUCCCAACUACGCCGCCAGUAACUACUCCUACACGCAGGAUCUUGACAUGGACUUCAAACGCAUGGGCCUUCCCACUGCGGAUGAUCACAGUGCCUACGGCGGCUUGCCAUCUUCACCUUCCGUGCGCAGCUCCUCGGGCGGUAUCCCGCAUAUCGCUCACUACUCGCCGCAGACGUCGUUCUCAUCACCGCGUGGCAGCUUCUCUGACUAUGAGCCUGCGCAGCCGCAGCACGUCCGUAUUGGCAGCUCUGCUGCGUCUGACUACUACCCGCAAGCGCAGGUUAACAAGCAGUACAACUACCCUGCCGCUGUGGGUGUCGGACAGAACACGGUAUCGCCGAUGGAGGAUAUGCAACGUGACCCCAAGAAGAAGUAUCCGUGCCCGCUGUGCCCCCGAGCGUUCGCUCGCGCGUACAACCUCAAGACCCACACACAGACGCACGACCCUAACCGCUCGAAGCCGUAUGCGUGCCACCACAAGUCGUGUGGCAGGUCUUUCAGUCGCAAGCAUGAUCUGACACGUCACUUGGUGUCGAUACAUCGCUCCGAGUCGAUGUCGUCUAUGGUGUCCGCCUCGAACAGGGCUAUAGGCGUAGACAAGGGUCCUCGUGCGUGGUGCGACAACUGUGGCAAGAGCUGGAUCGGCAAGGGCAAGGACAAGGACUGCGAGUGCGAGUGCGACGAGGUGAAGUAA